AUGGCUUCCAAAUGCCUCAAGGCCAGCUUCUCAUCGGGGUCUCUCAAGGUCCCAGGAGGGGCCGGCGGGGGCUCGGCUCGCGUGUCCACAAUGUUCUCCAGCAGCUCUUGCAAGCUCCCCGGCUUCUCCCGGGGGCCCCGGAGUUUCUCUGCCUGUUCAGUCGGGCUGGGUAAGAGCAGCUGCAGGGCCGCCAGCUGCCUCCCUGCUCUCUGCCUCCCCUCUGGAGGCUUUGCUACCAGCUACAGCCUGGCCGGGGGCUGGUUCGGUGAGGGCAUUCUUACUGGCAAUGAGAAGGAGACCAUGCAGUUCCUGAAUGACCGGCUGGCCAGCUACCUGGAGAAGGUGCGGCAGCUGGAGCGGGAGAACGCGGAGCUGGAGAGCCGCAUCCGCGAGUGGUGUGAGCGGCAGGUGCCCUACCUGUGCCCCGACUACCAGUCCUACUUCCAGACCAUUGAGGAGCUCCAGAAGAAGACCCUGUGUACCAAGUCUGAGAACGCCAGGCUGGUGGUGCAGAUUGACAAUGCCAAGUUGGCUGCAGAUGACUUCAGGACAAAGUACGAGACCGAGGUAUCCAUGCGGCAGCUGGUGGAGUCAGACAUGAAUGGCCUGCGUAGGAUCCUGGAUGAUCUGACCCUGUGCAAGGCCGACCUGGAGGCCCAGGUGGAGUCCCUGAAGGAGGAGCUGCUCUGCCUCAAGAAGAACCAUGAAGAGGAAGUGAACUCACUGCGCUGCCAGCUUGGUGAUCGACUCAACGUCGAGGUGGACGCUGCCCCGCCCGUUGACCUGAACCGUGUUCUGAAUGAGAUGAGAUGCCAGUAUGAGACCCUGGUGGAAAAUAACCGCCGGGAGGCUGAGGACUGGUUCAACACCCAGACUGAGGAACUGAACCAGCAGGUGGUGUCCAGCUCGGAGCAGCUGCAGUCCUACCAGGCGGAGAUCAUUGAGCUGAGACGUACGGUCAAUGCCCUGGAGAUUGAGCUGCAGGCCCAGCACAGCAUGAGAGAUGCUUUGGAAUCCACCCUGGCGGAGACGGAGGCCCGCUACAGCUCCCAGCUGGCCCAGAUGCAGGGCCUGAUCGGCAACGUGGAGUCGCAGCUGGCGGAGAUCCGCUGUGACCUGGAGCGGCAGAACCAGGAGUACCAGGUGCUGCUGGACGUGCGGGCCCGGCUGGAGUGUGAGAUCAACACGUACCGGGGACUGCUGGACAGCGAGGACUGCAAGCUCCCUUGUAACCCGUGUGCCCUGGACCACUCGCCCUCUAAGUCUUGCCUCCCCUGUCUUCCUGCGGCCUCCUGCGGGCCUGGCACAGCCCGAACCACCUGUAGCCCCCGCCCCAUCUGUGUGCCUUGCCCGGGAAGCCGGUUCUGA